GACAAGAUCUUUGCUGAUGAAGGUCUGGCAUGGAGAGGUGACACUAUGCAUGUACAAUUGACUUUUUUUAGAUCAGAAUUUAUGCUAAUUACAUACGCUGGGUACCAGCACUGGGGUAUGUUUCUGUCUCUCCUUUCAGACGUCAGGCGUGCAGCCCCGCCGGAGGCUGCUCGUACCCAGGAGCCAUUCAUUGCCCUCUCGGGCAACCUCACACGCCCACCUGGAAAAGGAGGGUCUGCCACAGCUGUGACGGACUGUGGAGCACGGCAAAGGGAAUGCCCCCCAAAGCGGAAGCCACUCCACGAUUCCAACUGAAAAUUAAAAUGGCUGUAAAGAAGGAAAAGGGGAGACCUCAUGAACCCUUCCCCCAGGAUACUCCCGCUAGUCUCCAUCAGGCCCGGUCAGCGCUGUGUGGGUACACUGGCUAAUCCCUACCCCCUGAGCUCCCCUGGUUUCCAUGGACACUGGGUAUCGAGAUCCCGAAGGAACAGGCGCAGCCAGGACAUCGGAUCUGUCACUCCGGACUACCUGCCAGUCCGUACUCCUGCCUUUGUCAGCUUGGACCCAGGGCUACUCAGUUAUCCAGUAAGCAAAUUAAAGGAAAAUUUAGUUGUUCCCAAGGCAACUCAGAAAAAGAGGACAGAGCAGAUUAGACAAAGACAAAUAAACCCACUGCUGAACAAGAGAAGUGAGACAAUAGAUGAACAGAAUUCAACCUAUGCAUUUUCCAAUCCUUUUCACCUGUUGUUACCUUAUGGCAAAGCACUUUGUUCAAGCCAAAGAUUAUCUAUUUCUUAUAAAAGAGACAUACAAACAAAGGUACAGAGUGGAUCUGGAAAAACACCAGCAACAAGUUUUACAGCCUCCAGUAUUUCAGCUGAAGUCAAUCAAACCAAGGUGCAAAAUGCAGCUUUCAGCUGGAACCCAAAAAGGAUCAGAAUGGACAGCAGCAGUUCCUCUGCUUUAACAGCCACAUCACACCUGGCACGUGUUGCAUGUAACGCCAUUCACAGCAAGAAGCCUUCAGAUAUCACAAGGCUGAAGCUGGUUAUCACUCUGCCACCUGCAUUUUUACCAUUUAAAAGAGCUGCGAGUCAUCAACAUCAGAAACACUCAAACUAA